ACUGCCAAUGGCGUCAUUGGCGUGGGACAACUGUUUGCUUGCAGAAAAGGGAGAAGGUUUAACUAAGGUUUUUCUCCAGCAGUAAGAAACAAAAUCAAUCAUUAUAAAGAAAAAAAAAACAAAAUCAAUAAUCAAUUCCAUGUUGAGAAACAAGGCGGUGGCAGCAAUGUCGCUUAGAUAUCUCCGCCACUCGACUUCGGCACUUUCCAAUUACCAUCUUCACGGCGGCGGUCUUUCUUCUCCAAUAUUCACCACUCACGUCCGCCAUCUUCGAACCGGCCGGGAUCCCAUCAUCAGCUAUGAGAUUAAGCCUCCGGCGAAUUGGGGAAAACGGAUAGUGCCGGAGAAAAAGGCUUUCGUUAUUGAACGAUUCGGAAGAUACGUGAAGACAAACCCUAAAUCUGGAAUCCACUUCUUGAUCCCUUUGGUCGACCGCAUCGCCUAUGUUCAUUCGUUGAAGGAGGAGGCCAUGCCCAUCCCCGACCAGUCCGCUAUCACCAAGGAUAACGUCAGCAUACUGAUGGAUGGUGUUCUUUAUGUUAAGAUUGUCGACCCUAAACUCGCCUCUUAUGGUGUUGAGAAUCCCAUUUAUGCUGUUAUUCAGCUUGCCCAGACCACCAUGCGUAGUGAGCUUGGUAAGAUUACCCUUGACAAAACCUUCGAGGAAAGGGAUACCCUCAAUGAGAAGAUAGUGGAGUCCAUUAAUGUUGCUGCAAAAGACUGGGGUCUCCAGUGCCUUCGCUACGAAAUAAGGGAUAUAUCUCCUCCUCGCGGAGUGAGGGCAGCUAUGGAGAUGCAAGCAGAAGCAGAACGUAAGAAGAGAGCUCAAGUUCUUGAGUCUGAAGGAGUAAGACAGGCUAACAUCAAUAUUGCUGAUGGUAAGAAAAAUGCGGUCAUCUUAGCAUCAGAGGCUGCAAAGAUGGAUCAAGUUAACAGAGCGCAAGGUGAAGCGGAAGCCAUUGUUGUUAAAGCCCAAGCAACAGCAGGAGGACUUGCCAUGGUGUCAAAGGCCCUGAAAGAAAGUGGGGGUGUAGAGGCAGCUAGUCUAAGAAUUGCUGAGCAAUACAUUCAAGCCUUUGGUAAUAUUGCCAAAGAGGGCACUACAAUGUUACUUCCUAGUGCUGCUGCUAAUCCUGCCAACAUGAUGGCACAAGCUCUCACCAUGUACAAAAGCUUGAUAGGCAAUGUUUCAGAGGAUACUACUGCCCCAAAAAAUCUUUACCAGGGAGGCACAAAGGAUACUGAUCGCACCACAGAAGCUACGGAGGAGAGUCCCCCAGCUCCGACAAUUGAUGAUGCAGGUCAUUUUAGUGAACCUGGGUUUUCACUUCAGAGGCCGAAAAAUGAAUAGAGUAUAUUCCAGCAAUGCCAUCAUCUGACAAAAAAAUUAUUGCACUAGCGUUGUGUAGUUGGGCGCAAUGUUUUUAUUGUUGGUAAAAGAUUCUGAUUUCUUCAAAAUGAGGAACAGCAAAAAGUUGUUGAGGAUUUUCUUUUUGCCUCCUUAGUUUAGGACUUGUUAAGGGCAUUCAGAAUAUUGGCUUUGCGUAGGAUGAAGAAGGGAUUAAAAGGUUCCAGUCAAUCUUUUCAUUUGCCAAAGGUUCCAUUCAAUCUUUCAUUUGCCAAUUUUAUUUU